ACUAGCGUUUCAAGCAGACCAACUUGUAUUCACUCACAAUGGCGAGAUAGUUGGCGAGACUGAGGAUGUUGCUGCGCUCCGUUACACAUCACACCUUUCAUUUCCCGUGACUGAUCAUCGAUUCAUGCUUGAAAGGGACGGAGAUAACUUCACGAUUCCGAUCAUGGCCAAUGUGGAGCGGAUAGAUGGUGAUUAGAUCGCAGUGGGUGGUGAUAUAUGGGAACUGAAGUGCUGCAACGUAUACAGCGGCAGUAAACAGUGAUCAGUGACCAUGCUUGGACCUAAAGCCAGUAUUGUGACCGGGAUUGCUGCAGCAGGUGGCGUUUAAAAAAAGAAGACAUAAAUAAAAAUACUUGACCCAUUUAUUCUGGGUCUAGAGGUGUGAAUAUGGCAGGCAGGAGUCGGAGAUCAUGGUUCAGUGUGCUGCUAGGUCUGGUGGUCGGGUUCACCCUGGCAUCCAGGCUGAUUCUGCCACGGGCCACCGAGCUGAAAAAAGCGGGUCAGAAGCGGCGGGCGAACGGUGGCUGCGGUGGUGGAGGGAUUAUGACGACGAGGAAGGAGUAUGGAGGGCUGCUGAUGCACAGUACGGAGAAGCCCACGGUGCCUCAUUCCAGCAGUUUCCUGUUUGUGGGUGUCAUGACCGCACAGAAGUACCUGAAUAACCGCGCAGUGGCCGCUUAUAGGACCUGGGCCAAGACCAUUCCUGGCAGAGUGGAGUUUUUCUCCAGCGAGGGUUCCGACAUGUCAAUCCCCAUCCCCAUUGUGGCUCUGCAAAAUGUGGAUGACACUUACCCUCCACAAAAGAAGUCCUUCAUGAUGCUCAAGUACAUGCACGACCACUACCUGGACCAGUUUGAGUGGUUUAUGCGAGCUGACGAUGAUGUGUACAUCAAAAGUGAAAAGCUGGAAAGCUUUCUUAGGAGUCUAAACAGCAGUGAGGCCAUCUUCCUUGGCCAGACGGGUAUGGGUGCCCGCGAUGAACUGGGCAAAUUGGCCUUGGAACCUGGAGAAAACUUUUGCAUGGGUGGCCCAGGUGUGAUCAUGAGCCGGGAGGUACUGCGCAGGAUGGUGCCCCACAUCCGUCAGUGCCUGCAGGAGAUGUACACCACCCAUGAGGAUGUGGAAGUGGGCCGCUGUGUGCGCCGUUUUGCCGGUGUACAGUGUGUCUGGUCCUAUGAGAUGCAGCAACUGUUUUAUGAGAACUAUGAGCCAAACAAGAAGGGCUACAUCCGUGACCUCCACAACAGCAAGAUACAUAGGGCCAUAACUCUUCAUCCCAACAAGAACCCACCGUACCAGUAUCGACUGCAUAGCUACAUAUUGAGCCGCAAGAUUGCAGAACUGCGCCAUCGCACCAUUCAGCUUCAUCGUGAGAUCGUGCAGAUGAGUCGUUACAGCAAUACCGAGGUCCACAAGGAAGACCUUCAGCUGGGAAUGCCUCCUUCUUUCAUGCGCUUUCAUCCCUACCAACGAGAGGAGGUCUUGGAGUGGGAGUUCCUUACAGGGAAGUAUAUUUUCUCAUCCUCGGACAGACAACCUCCACGCCGUGGCAUUGACUCCUCCCAGAAGAUGGCGCUGGACGACAUCAUUAUGCAGGUCAUGGAAAUGAUUAACGCCAAUGCCAAGACGCGUGGUAGAGUCAUUGACUUCAAAGAGAUCCAGUAUGGAUACCGGAGGCUCAACCCCAUGUAUGGGGCAGAAUAUGUACUUGAUCUGCUGCUACUUUAUAAAAAGCACAAGGGGAAGACCAUGACCGUGCCUGUUAGGAGGCAUGCUUAUCUUCAGCAGACCUUCAGCAAGAUUCACUUCCUGGAAGAGGACGAGAUGGAUGCUCGAGUGCUGGCUGCCAGGAUCAACCAGGACUCAGACUCGCUCUCCUUCCUAUCUAACUCUCUCAAGAUGCUCGUUCCAUUCAAGCUGAGUGGCCCAGGCAUAGAACUGCAUGAACCUAAAGAGAAGAAGAUCAACAUGCUUGUGCCGCUGGCGGGACGCUAUGAGAUCUUCAUGCGCUUCAUGGCAAACUUUGAGAAGAUCUGCCUCAUCCCCAACCAGAACAUAAAGCUGCUGAUUCUGCUCUUUAGCACUGACAAUAACACAGAACGUAUUAAGCAGAUCGAGCUGAUGAGGGAGUAUCAUAUGAAGUAUCCAAAAGCCGAUAUGGAGAUCAAGCCAGUUUCUGGCCCAUUCUCCCGUGCUCUGGCCCUGGAGGUCGGAUCAGCCCACUUCACCAAUGAUUCCUUACUCUUCUACUGUGAUGUGGACUUACUGUUUACUCCUGAAUUCUUGACGAGAUGUCGUGGAAAUACCAUACUUGGCGAACAGACAUACUUUCCCAUCAUCUUCAGCCAGUAUGACCCAAAGGUUGUCUACGCGGGCAAGGUGGCUAGUGAGAACCACUACAUGUUCACUUCGAAAACAGGCUUGUGGAGGCACUACGGUUUUGGUAUCGUCUGUGUAUACAAAAGAGAUUUAAUCAAAGCAGGUGGCUUUGACAUCACCAUCCAAGGAUGGGGAUUGGAAGACGUGGACCUCUUCAAUAAAUUUGUCCAGUCUGGGAUUAAGCUAUUCCGUAGCACGGACACUGGUAUUGUGCAUGUUCAUCAUCCCGUCAUCUGCGACCCCAACCUAGAUCCCAAACAGUAUAAAAUGUGCCUGGGUUCCAAAGCGUCCUCACAUGGCUCAACGCAGCAACUGGCGGAGCUGUGGUUGGAGAAGAAUGACCACUCUCAAACUCCAAAAAUGAAUCAGUGAGGACAGAAUAGACCUAGCAAGUACAGACCCGUCCGUCUUCCUCUUCGUGGUGUUUUUUUUUAACUACCUUAUUGAUUUUUUUUUUUUUUUUUUUUUACAGAAAAGACUUCUGUGGAUAUAUUUUAAAAAUAACUUGUUUUGUAAAUUUUACAGGAGCAGAGCAAAACCUGAAUAUUCAGUCUCAAUCUUUAACAUUGUUGCAAACAAAGGAACAUUGAAGUAAAGCAUCUCAUCGAAGCUUUUGAGCUCAAUUUUCCAAAUCAUAUACUGAGCAUUAUAUUUAUGGAAACUCUUGUAAGGACUGCUGUGGACCUUGCCUAUCUGAGUAUCAAUAGAUGCAUCACAAAUGAGUUUUCUGUUGAAGAAGGACUGUAGAAAUGUGGUGACUGGUAAAUGUUUAUUUGUGAAUGUUUACAGAAAGCUAUGAAAAAAUAUGAACAAGUGAUUCGUCCUAUGAUAAGGUGGUCAAAAAAAUCAACAAUCUUAAUUGUGAAAAUUAAGAGCCAUUGAUCAAAAUUUGCAUCUUUUUCCAGUUGAUUUUGCUUUGGGUAUGUGUGUGUGUGUGUGUGUGUGUGUGUGUGUGGGGUGGGGGUGGGAGAUCGAUUAUAACACUGUUUUGUUUUCUUUUGAGUUUUUUUUUAAAUUUUUUAUUGACUUCUGUAAUUGAAACUGCUGGAUGUAGAUCUUCUGUAGAUCAACUCAUUCCCACUGUCUAAUUUAUUGAACGUUCAUCCUUGAUGUAUGAUGUCAGACUGAGGUUAUGUAUAUUAGAGAUUUUAUAACCAUCUCAGUCAUGGAUAGUGUUUUGGAUUCCUGUUUUUCCUCAUUACUUUGAUUACCAAAGACUCUUUGCACAGUUGCUGUAGGUGAUAUUGUGUGUGUGUCUGUGUGUCCAAACGUAAGGCAGCGAAGCAGGGAAAACAUGAAUUGUACUGUAGGAUGGUGGUACCUAUGACCAGAUUUUUUCCCCUACACAGUUCUAUAAAGAGAUAUGUAAAACAAGCCACUUAACAAAAUGUAUUCUCAGUCUUUUCCUCCUGUUCAUUAGUUGAUUUGCAUAAAGGGUGUUCCCCCUUAAUUGAGCCAUGCACUCCAUGGGGCAAAUCACCCUAAACCAUACCACCACCUCUUCUUUUGAUGUGCGGACAGAUCUUUCUCAGUAGUCCAUUUCUUUUUUGUUAUUCUUUGGGGCAUUUUCAUACUUUUCCCUGUUAGCCCCAUACAAAU